CAUGGCGUUUACGUAGUUGUCAUAUGCACUUUCACAGCGGUCACUGGUUUGUGUUCAAGUAUAUUAAGUUAAUGUGAAACAGCCGACCGUCAUCAGCAACACAUCAAAGGUUUUAUGAAGAUGUGUCAUGCUGGCUGUGAGUCUUAAAAGGACACUCUAAAUUAGUCUGAGUUUUGUUUCUAGCUUUUAUCAGUACUUUGCAAAUGAAUAUGCUUUGUCAUUAACAUUUCUUUUUGAAAGAAAGUGGAAUUGCAAUGGUACACUUUUAUCCCCUUCGAACAUUCAAGGCCACCCCUAGUUUAUGUAUUUAAUGUAGAGUCAAGAAUGAUUACGGAUAAGACAAACUACAUUUCAUGUAUGAAUAAUUAAACUCAUUGUUUGCUGCAAAGUAGUUGAUCAUGAUGAAAAACAUACAUUAGGAUCCUAUAGGCGGACAUGUUGCCCUCUGCAAGAUUUUUAUAAAUGCAGUUAAUUUGAAUAUAUUGAUAACAAAAUGUAACACCUUUCAAGUCAAAUCUGAAAAUGAACCUAAUGCUGUGAACACUUGUACGCACGUUUGGGUCUUUUUACAAUGAUGUUAUAGAGUAUCCACGUUUGUUUCACUGCUUUGGCAAUCAGUAAUUACUAAAGUAAUGAAGAGUAGAUAUUUCUCAGGAGUACCCUAAAAGUGAAUAAGAUGACCCCCCCCUCCCCAUUCGACACACUGUAUAAAACACAGGCGAUGUUGGAAAUCUGCCAGAGGAGCCUAGACCACCAAGAAAACAGACUACAGCAGAAUUUCCAAGAGUUGGACGAUAAUGAUUCGCUCGAGUGCUGUGCUGUCACUGGCUCUCUGCCUGUUGGCUUGUAUUCACUCUGGCAUAAACGCGUAUCCAGCCAAGCCUGCCAGUCCAAGAGAAGGCGCCCCACCUGAUGAGAUCGCCAAAUAUUAUUCUGCACUAAGACACUACAUCAAUCUCAUUACGAGACAGAGGUAUGGGAAACGUGACACCCCAGAAAGUGUGUUUUCAGAUGUGUUGGUGAGGGAGAGCACAGAGAGUAUUCCAGGAUCUAACUAUGCCAGGUAUGAUGGGCUGCCACUGUGGUGAUGCUGCUACAGCGGUCCUGUUCAGGCGGACUUUACCACAAAGCUGCUCCAUCCACAUGAAAUCAACUUGUACUGACUGCAUGGAAUAAAAAG